AUGUCUCUCCAACCGUUAAACACGGCCGUCGAGAGGGAAGGAUCGCUGCUCUCCCCCAUCUCCUACGACGACGAUGCCGCCUCCCUAUAUAGCCGAAGCGACCAAGACACCGACAGCGAGGACGACGAGCUGUUAGCCGCAGCACGAAACAGUCAAGAGCUCCGCGCCCGCGAUCGUCUGGUGCUGAUGGAGGAAGAGGAGAUGGAUAGGCUCGUGGUCGAAGGGAGAGCGCAGCAGAAGCGGCGGGGGAGCAGUCUCCAGAGAAGAGGCAGUAACCUUGCGCUGCCGAACCCGAUACAAGUCUUCCGGACCUACGCACGAUCGAGAAGUCCGGCCGAUGCCAAUAGGGGGCCGGUGGAGGAUCUGCACGACGAGAAACGGAAGAGCAGACGGAACAGGCGGAAGCAGAAGAGAGACCAUCUCAUGAAAGAAGCCCGAGACGGCGAGGAUGGGGGACUGAUGUACGAGAUGGAAGGAGGGCGGAUGAAAGAGGGAAGCUCCACCGGCGAAAGCAGUGAUAGGGAAGAUAGCGACGAACUCGACCGCCGGCACCUGAUGGAGGCCUCGGAUGCCAAAACGACUAAGAAGCGCAGAUGGCGGAAAUGGAUCUUUAUACAUAUCACCAUCGCCGUGGGGUUCGCGUUCCUGGUGCUUCUCGCUUGGAAGCUGUCACUCGCCAAGAAGCGAUCAACUGCGGAGCUGGUCAGCAAUGGCACUGCGCUCUUCGCACCCACCACUCUCAUCAUUAGCCUCGAUGGGUUUCGGGCCGACUUCCUCAAUCGCGGUUUGACACCGCGGCUCAACUCUUUCAUCAAAGAGGGUGUUUCACCGCUUUACAUGACCCCAUCGUUUCCUUCCGUCACAUUUCCUAAUCAUUAUACCCUUGCGACAGGCCUAUAUCCCGAGAGCCAUGGGGUCGUGGGCAACACUUUCUGGGACCCGGCCAUGGAAGCCGAGUUCUACUAUACCGAUCCGGAGAGAAGCAUGGCACCUAAGUGGUGGGGUGGAGAGCCAUUCUGGGUUACAGCCGAAGAACAGGGCCUUCGAACAGCGGUCCAUAUGUGGCCUGGGAGUGAGGCGCACAUCAUGGGGGUAGAGCCAAGUUUUCUGGACGCGUACAAUGGGAACGAGCAGCUACCCAACAAGGUGGCGAGAAUCCUGGAGUUUCUUGACAAGCCGGGCAUGGAAGAUCCAGACGCCAUUGUUGACGAGAUGAGACCACAGAUCAUCGCUGCUUAUGUUCCCAAUGUGGACGCAGAUGGCCACCGUUUCGGACCCAACAGCACCGAGAUCCGGUCAACGAUCAACGAGGUUGAUACGAUGCUGGAUCAAAUCUUCCUCGGCCUCGAGGAAAGAAAUCUCACCGACAUCGUGAAUGUCAUCGUGGUCUCGGAUCACGGCAUGGCGACAACAGAUGUGAGCCGAAUGAUCCAGAUAGAAAACGUGGUCGAUAUGGAGAAGGUAGAGCAUCUUGAUGGAUGGCCUCUAGUUGGUAUUCGGCCAAAGAACCCCGAUGAUUUGCAGGAGCUGUAUGAGCAAGCCGCCGAGAAGUUGAAGUCGAACCCCAACUUUGACGUCUACCUUAAGGACAAAGAUAUGCCUGAGCGAUAUCACUUCAGCAACAACGACCGCAUCGCGCCAUUAUGGAUCGUUCCGACGACGGGCUGGGCAAUUGUUGAGAAGCAAGAGUUCGACAUCCAGGAGGCUAAGGCCAGUGGUUUGGCCUACCAUCCUCGGGGACUGCACGGAUACGACCACGAGCAUCCUCUGAUGAGGGCUAUCUUUGUUGCCCGUGGUCCGGCUUUCCCACACCAAGCACACAGCAAGGUCGAGCCGUUCCAGAACAUCAACGUCUACAACAUCCUCUGCGACUCGGUCGGUAUGGAUCCCGUACCAAACAACGGGACACUUCGGCUGCCAUUGAAGACAGUUGGCGUCCAUGACCCCGAGACAGUAUAUGAAGAGCCAGAGGACCCUGUCCCCACUUCAACCAGUGAAGAUCUGGCGACCGGCAUGAUGUCAAUUCUCCCCGUGGAACAUACAGCAAUCGAAGAACCUUCUCCGACCCCGGAGGCGAGCCCUGUUGACGAUACGCCUGAGGAGUCAGAACCGCCAACUGGAGAUGAUGAGAAAAGCAGUGGCUCGUGGUGGGAUCACGUCACGAACACGGUGGAUUGGGUCAAGAACAAGCUCGAUGGUUUCAUCGGCAAGAUCAAAGGUUCUGACCAAUCUUCCUAG